GCCUAUACCCCAACUGCAUGUUGAGAAAGAACGUCAUCUGCCUCAUACAUUUAGCUUUAGCCAAAAUUUGCUAGUUGUUCAAAUCACAGAUAGCCUAAAUCUUACCGUAACGUCUUUUUUUAUCCUUCCAACGGACACCCCGCGUAAAGGUUACUUAUGUUGUGCUUCCUGGGUCUACAGUGCCAAAAAUGUAUUUAAAAGUCCUAUUCCGCUGCAGAGACAUGCUGAAAGCAGAGCGAAGCGAGUGAGAUGCAGGUUAGCUUAAUCAGAGCUAGCUGACAAGCAGGGGCCGAGAAGCGAAAGUGGCUAACGUUAACGAGAGAUAAGCUUAUCACAACAAGCCUGGGUACUUUGACAAACCUACCACUGAAGCCUCAGCAAGAAGGACUCAUAGAGAAAGCUCCAUUCCUACACAGUGAGUAACGUGUAUUUCAUAUGAACAUCAGGUAGUUUUUUCGUUACCGUGUGAAACUGACAACUGUGAACUUAGCUAGCGAGUUAGCUAUAGCAGCACAAGUGGCCCUGCGGUCAGCUGGAAAGCUGCCUCAGUAAACAUCAUGAUGGCUCUGAUUAGAUAAGAUUACAACAUUGUUGUUUGUGUUUUAGUGGUGAUUGCUGAUUUAUCUGUUCUGCUGUUGCACCGACUCCUAACUCUGGUCCAUUUCUUGGAGAAGUGACUGACAUGAAUUUUGAUAAACAGCUUUCUGGUGUUUCACUGUAAGGUAUCAGAAGGCAAUUUGCUGUAAAAGGCGUAUAGUGGAUGGUAAAACAUGACAUGGUAAAUUAUGUUUUUUUGCACCGACCUGGACAGUCUCAUGUAAUUCAACACACCAGCUCUAUCACAGCCUGUACUUGUGCAGUUUCAUGGUUUUGUUGACAUGAUCAGACAGGUGAAUAUUGCUCUUUCAAUUAAUUAUUUAAGUCUUAGUGGGCGUUGUUGUGUGCUGGAUUAUUAAAAGUUGCUCGUAAUAUUUUGCUCCUCUCAUGUUUGCCAGUACAGAAGCUUCCUGAAAAGGUGUUGUAAUUUAGUGGUUGUCUUGAGUGAGUUGACACCAUGAUGGUUUAUAGGGCUGGGACGAUAUGCUUUUCUCCCGAUUACAUUCUUCUACGAUUUUUUGUUGUUAAGUUUCUUAAUUUUCAGUCUGCAUUUUUAACACCAGUGAAACAGUUGAAUGAUUAUGAUUGUCUACUGAAUAUUCCAGGAACCAUAUUUCCCGCAAAAAUACAUAUUACAUGUAAGUCAGUUUUUAAGAUUUAAGGUCCUUUCACACCGGGACCGUUUUUGUCGUGCGAUUAUUUCGGACGUCAAUAUUUUUUUGCGAAUCUGUAUCCUGUCAAUACAAGAGUUCACAUCAGUGACGUUUUCCCAUUCUGCGAUAUUGUGGCAUUUAUUGUUUCGGAUCAUGGUCGAUUUUUUUAAAAGUUUCGCAUACUGUGUGUCCACUUCUGACCAAUCAGGUUGCGUGUUGUUGAUACGUCAGAUUCAACAGUAUAUCGGGCUGAUUAUUUACGUGUCGGAGUACAGAUUGCUUUUUGAUAAAAGACACAAACAUUACAAAGAUACUGACCUGAAGGACAACUUGUGGAGAGUCAUAAGCCACGUUUACAUGCAGACUUUUUUCUCAUUCGGAUUAUAAUCAUUCCGAUUGAAGCUCCCAGGCGAACUGUUUACAUGGAAGCGAUCUAUUCUGAUCUGGUGUUUACAUGUGCCACGGCAUUCAAUCGGAACAGCUAUUUACAGACACGUGAUACCUUCAAACAUCACUUGAUUGAUUGAUCACGUGAUCUCCGACGCAGACCAGUGCAUCGUGCUCUGCUUGGAAGCCGCCAUCAUGUUUCCAUGUGAGUCAUACGUCACUGCUUGUUUACAUCAGGACAGAGCAUGCGCAGACAGAACCCAGCCUGACAACUUUCCGAUUCACCGUUUACAUGACAGGAUUUUGCUUUUAAUCGGAAUGGGAAAAGGAAAAUUCUACCCCUGUGAAUCGGAAUGAAAUUCCAUUCGGAAUGGGCCUGUUUAUUCCGAAUGAGGUGUUUAUAUGGAGCAUUUUCAUUCCGAUUGGGCUUCUAAUCCGAUUAUAUUCUGAAUAUUUGGCUCCAUGUAAACGUAGCUACUGUGUCGGAUUUCUCAUAUGAUGAUAGUUUGUGUGCUUUAACAGUUUGGGAAACGUCUUUGUUUUAACUUUCAUCUGUGCUAACGGUUGUUACCACAGUUUCAUGUAUAUAUAUUUAUAUAUGUAUAUAUAUUUCGCACUUUCGCGUUCAAUAUUCGUGUCAGCCUCGGUGUGUAAGGACCUUUAUUCUUAAAUUUGAAAAAAAAAAAAUUUUUGAACAAAAAAAUCGAUUUAAAAAUAGCUAAACAAAAAAUUGCGAAACUUAUGUCAAUUGAUUUCUCCUCAGCUGUACAGGGACACAUGGAUAUUUUAACACCCCCCUCCACCCCUAAUGGCCAGUGUGUUUUGAUUAAAUAUGAUAUGUUCUCAUUAGCAGAGUCUAAUGUAACCAAGAGCUACAAUUGACUCACUCCUGUUUUGUUUUUGUUUUGGCGCCGAGAGCCUGUGAAACACCAGUGCAUGAGUUUACUUGUUUUAUUGCCUUGUUGUGGCUGAGUUUAUGACAUUGUUGGUGCGUAUGUGGCUGUGUGUCAGGCAGUGUUUGUGUGACAGGGUGUUCCAGAAAUGGCAGCAUCAUCAGUGGCAUGUUUGUAUUGGCACCUUGAUGGGAAAUCCUGCACCAUGAAUGUCACUCUAGUCUACUACUACUGCCAGUCUAUGUGCCUGUCUAGACAUUGUCAACCAGCACCCCUAAAAUAACUCGUAGAUGGAUUUCUCAAGUGUCAAAGCCUGGUGAUUGAUUGAGCAAACUUGAGUCAACAGAAAACUUUUUUCAAUUUAGCAUUUAGCCAGCAUAAAUAUUCGCUUAUUGUCCAAGCCAUACCAGUACAGAGAGUUUAUGAUAUGCAUUAUCCAUAAUACUUGGCUCUCUCUUGCUCGCAAUGUCACAGUGUUUUCCAAACACGUGAGAGCAGGUAACAAAUUGAAGAACUAGAAAUAGAGAGCAGUUUUAAGAAAGUCAGUAUCCCCUUGGUGCUGCUGAGAGCUCACUCAGAGUCCAGUACAACAUGACAGAUUUACCUUCCUCCCCUUUAGUUGUGGUCUGAUAAGCUCCAGUCUGGCGAAGCACCGGUCCUGGCAUCCCUGACGCCACUGGGAGGAAGAUGACUGACACUGUCUGAUCAAAGAGCACUUAUUCAGGAAAGCUUACUGCUUUGAUGUCACUUAAGUGAUGAAUCAUCAAAGAGGAGGAUCUGGGAUAUACCUGGCCUCGUUGUUCCAGCUCUGAUUUUUGUAAACAAGAGCCCUCUUUGAGUGGUAAAACUGAUUUGAUAUCAUUUAGAACCUUGUCCAGAAACCCAAGAUAAUGUAACAUGCACAAAAUGCCGUACUCAUUUGAAUUCUGUUAAAAAUGACUUCUUCACACCACUUUCCUGCUCGAAUUGAAUUUUUUCACUUCUGGAGUUUGGUCACUAAUUUGAAGUUAGUCAACACAACAGCACAGUGCAGCAACAUAAAACCAGAAAAAAAAAAGAUUUUAAACAUUUUAAAUGUUUCUGGUAAAAUUGAUAACUACACCACAGCAUUUAUUUCAGUAGCAAAUUUGUUUGUGCACUCAUUUCGUAGUUGCACUCAUAAACGUAAACUGGUUAUGCAAGAAAGCAAGUCCUGAGCUUGGCCCCACUGAUCUUAGAUCAGGCUCUCCACUAAUUCAGAGUAAAUACUAGGUCCUGCCUAAAUGUCAAGCUACUUUAAUCAGUAGUAAUAAAUGUAUUUGUUGCUGGCCUGAUUGACUUUUUAAGCAAAAUGCGACAGACAGAUUUGAUGGUACUGAUUUUAGACAUUGCUCUGGUAACAUUCACAAAUGUUUAGUUUAUGCAUUUAAUUCUACAUGUAUUGAUUGCGUUUAGUAAAGUAAAUUCUCCACCACCAUUUUACAUUUUCCACCAGCUUUUUCAGUUUUCAUGUUGACCCCAAACGCCCCUAAAGAAGUUGUCUUAUGGCAUUACUUUACAUAGAUCUGUCCAGGUAUUCAUUUUAAAAGGUUGCUUUUCUUCUUUCCCAUCCCAAAAUUUGAACCUGUGAUUUGAAAUAGAUUUUGUUUAUAUAUUUUUUAGACAUAUAAAAGGAUUCUGUUUAUAUGAGACUAAUAUUAAGUACUGUUGGUGGUAGUCCACUGCUGUGUGAAAGUCAGUGCGUUUGACAGGUUAAUCCUGUCCUGUGAGGAUCCCAUCAGCAGAUGACUGUUCAAUUGAAUUAGCCUGUUAAAGCUGCCUUGCUUGUCUGAUGUUUGAGACCUGCAGACUUAUCUGUUAGCCAGACACAAACUUUGACUCACAAACAGCACCAGCUGUCCACCUACAUGCUGAAAUUUGCACCAUAUAAAAAAAUAAAAAGUUGGCUAGAGUUAAUUAGAGAAAAGUCAGUUUUGCUACCUUUGUGGGGACCUCACUCUGAAAUUAAUAUCCAUCAAAGGUAGAAUAAACACAUAUGCACUCCUGCACACACAAAUACACACACAAUCAAUCAAUCAAGAUGACAGGGGGACACAAGAGCAUGCUUGUGUCCUCAUCCUGGUGCAUGCUUCACCACCAACCACUGCUUUUGUUGCUAAGGCAACCACUCAGCUGCCACUCCAAGCUUAGUAUCCAUGGCAACAUUAGACUGAGUGGCAUCACUCCCUGGAGUUAUCAGAGCCUUCAUCAGUGUACUUCUAAGUUAUGUAUGUCAGUGUUUGACCAUAAGGGCAUUGUGGGUAUUGUAACUGAGAGUUAAAUGUGGCUUGUUUUGGCGCAAAGUGUGUAUGUGGUCGCAGCUCAGAUAAAAGACCAAAUAAUUUGGUUUGCUGAUUUGUGCUUGACUUUUAAAUCUUCUCCAUUAUUAAAAUGAUCAUGUGCAGAUUUUUUUGUCGUCAAGGUGAUAACUCAAGUGGUGUGCAUCAGCUCUUUGAUAUUUGAUAACACAGAAGCAUCUCUGUUUUUUGUUUACAUGCUGCCAUGCUGAACAAAUGAGGGUCGACUGAAAAUGUCUUUUUGGGGCACCUUUUAUUAAUCGCCAAUGAGGCUGGGGAAUGAAAUAUGGAACCAAUAAGCAUUUACAGUAGUAAUGAAACACUUUGGGUCAAAAUUGAGAACUUUUUUGGAACGAUUUGGAAUCUAACAGACUCCAACUAAAAACACUUUUGAAUCAAUUAAUAUGAUCAUCCGUCUGUAAAAUAAGAGGUUGAUGCAGUAAAUCUAGGCUGGUCCUUUUGGUCCCUUUCAGUUACUUUAUACAUUUUCAAAGCCAUGCGAAGUCUGAACUCAUUUGUAGAUGGGGGAUAGACCUCAUUCUACUUGACCGCUUCUAAGUUUGUAUUUGCUUGAAGUUUGUUCAUAAAACCUUGACCACGCUUCUACCUGUGACCUUAAAUCACAGAUUAACAGAAAUAUGAGCCGCCUCAGCUUCAAUGUUCAUAGAAUUCAACCUUUAGCCUUGAUCAUGCGUUCAAACUAAAUAGAACAGACCCAAGUCCACAGCUUACAUCGGAGUGGCUUGUAUUGAUAUUGAGAUACAAAGUAAGAGAGCAAUUACCAAGAGCAAAUAGCUACUGGGUAGUGAAGCAAUCAAUAGCUAUGGUUUUACAUUAUACAAUCAAUUAACAUACAGAACUGCUUCUUUCUGUAAAGCAGCCUGGCGCUCCUGUACAUUUAGCUAAUGCAGGUGCAAUUAUGAGCUGAUAAAACAUCCUCUUUAUCACUGUGUGGAGUUUGUUAAUGCUCUCAGUGGCUAAUUCUGGCUGGCAAGAGAAGCUUUCAAAGGAGCUACUCAAUCAUUUCAAACAUAAGAAGUGGCUUUGCUGUUCCUGGAAGUGGUAAUAAACUAUCAACUGUUGGUUGAAUCUGUUUAAACUUAUUAAGUUGAUGAUACAUAUGUGCCUGGUGUGUUUUAUCGUCUGCCAAACUGACUGAGCAAUAUUUGUUUUUCUUUUUGUAGAGUUAUGAAAAACUCCCCUGCUCAGCCGGCUGAGUUUGAGCUCCUGUGCAUCUUGGCUCUCAAAUACGAGACAGUAGUUGACUGUCAAGAGCCUCUGACAUUGUCCAAUAGAAACGGAGAUCCUAGUCACUCAGCAAGGAACAGUUAGGGGACAAUGAUGAAACCCUCUUGGGAAACAAAGUUAAGGAAGUAGAUCACAGAGGUUUGGCUUUUUUUGCUGAACUUGAAAAAGUAGUUCUCUAAAUAACUGCACAAAGGGCAUUGAAAUAAUGCUGUGUCGAGUUACCUCGGAAGUCAGGUGUCGGAGCUGAAAAUGACAUCACACUUGAUUUUGAGACAAGCAAAAUUAGUUAUUAGAAAGUUAUUUUAUCGCCUGCCUUAUACUCGCAGAAGGCAAUUGCUAAAAUAACUUUCGUAGAUGUAGAUAUCUUGUUUCCGCCUCCGGUUUUGCUUUUUUUUUUUGGACUUUGGUGUGACGUCAUUUUCAACUCAAACUUCUGAUUUCUGAGGUAACUCGAACGCAGCAUAACAUUACAACUUCUCAACAUGGAAUUUCAGCAGAUAUAUUUCUUGGACAAGGAAAGAGGUGGAGCAUUAGUUAAAGGAUUUUCUAUGAUUUAUCAAACCAUGCAAUUUAAGAGGUUUACAUUUUACACUUUGUUUGGUCAGCAUAAUCACAGCUCUGGUCAUGUGUCCUUGUUUGGAGUGGAAACCGACAAAACUGUUUAAUUCAUGAACAUUUUUUUUGUUUAAUUGUGUUUUUUUUGUCCUGUGUCUUUGUGGUUCUUUUCAGGGUCAAGUCAUGGGUGCGUUCCUUGACAAACCCAAGACAGAAAAACACAACUCGCACGGUGAGGGAAAUGGCCUUCGUUUUGGGCUCAGCUCCAUGCAGGGCUGGCGGGUGGAGAUGGAGGAUGCUCACACAGCUGUGUUGGGACUUCCUGCUCCCGGUAUGACGGAGUGGUCCUUCUUUGCUGUGUAUGACGGUCAUGCUGGAUCAAGAGUUGCUAACUACUGUUCUAAGCACCUUCUGAAACACAUUAUCAGUGCCAGCGUAGAGGCUGGGGCAUCUCAAGGCUCCCAGACAGGUUCAGAUACCUCCACCAACGACCCUCCAGCCUCCAUUCCUCCAGCAGUAGAGGCUGUAAAAUCUGGGAUCCGGACAGGUUUCCUGAGGAUUGAUGAGCACAUGCGCAGCUCCUCUGACCUCCGCAAUGGCAUGGACCGUAGUGGCUCUACAGCGGUGGGAGUCCUUGUGUCCCCAGAACAUUUCUUCUUCAUAAACUGUGGGGACUCUCGGGCUGUCCUGUAUCGCAAUUCACACGUGUGCUUCUCAACACUUGACCACAAGCCCUGCAAUCCACGAGAGAGAGAGCGCAUCCAGAACGCAGGCGGCUCAGUGAUGAUCCAGAGAGUCAACGGGUCUCUGGCUGUAUCCAGAGCCUUGGGGGACUAUGAUUACAAAUGUGUGGAAGGAAAAGGUCCCACAGAACAGCUGGUCAGUCCAGAACCAGCUGUGUUUGAGAUGGUUCGGGCCCCAGAGCAGGAUCAGUUUGUGGUGCUGGCGUGCGAUGGCAUCUGGGAUGUCAUGUCCAACGAGGAGCUUUGCGAGUUUGUGAAAUCUAGACUCGAGGUGUCUGAUGACCUGGAGAGAGUCUGCAAUGAAGUGGUGGACACCUGCCUCCACAAGGUAUGAGCGGAUUUGUUUUCAGUGUGAUAUUUUGUGUGCUUUUACUGUGACUUAACUGAUGUCUUACGAGGAUGUCAUUUUUAGUGUCAAUUUUUAAAACGUUUGGUCAAUAAGAGGCUUCAUUGAUUUCUCUGUUCCAAAUAAAUGUCUUAAACUUGGCAUAAAUUUAGAUAAAGUUCCUGAAGAGCCUUUUACCACUCGAGCAGAAACUAUUUUUUAGCUGCUUAAACAUCCAAGAUGCAUGAGUAAAGUGUUACCCAACUGAGCGCAGAGCCUGUGAAAGGACAAAAUAAAAAUGAGAGGAAUGCACAAGCACAAGCUGUUAAGUUUGAAGUGUUUAAUUCUUGCUGCCCGAUGGCUUGAAUGAAAGCAGCUGGGGUGAGUUGGGGGAAAAAAUAUAGAGAAAGGCUCAUUUAUGUCUUCAGUAUUAAACUUGUUGCCAUCUGUAAUGACGCUGCCUCAGUAGUGUGAGUGUAAACUGCUCAUUCGCAGUCAGUAUGUGCAGGAAAUUUACCCUAAUAUGUUUUCAGCACCCCUUAUGACUCUUUCUCCUUUAUGCUUUUUUUUUUUCCUGUUUCUGUCUCCCCACGUCCGUCACAGGGGAGUCGGGAUAACAUGAGUGUUGUGUUAGUGUGCUUGGCCAGCGCUCCCAAAGUGUCAGAGGAAGCCAUGAGGAAAGACGCCGAACUCAACAAGUAUCUGGAGUCCCGAGUGGAAGGUGAGAAUGGAUGUGUAGAGAAAGAGAGCCAUUGUUUAAUGUAUGUAGAGACAAAGUCAGACUGAGGAAUGGCUUAUUUUCUUAGUUUCUCUUUCAGUGCCUUUGAAAACCGCUCUGAAGUACUCCAGUUGUUUCAAGGAUAUUUGUCUGAUUUGUUUUUAAGUAUUUUAUUGAACCAGUGUGGUUUUGUCUCCUGUGGCUGUACAUUUUAAUUGAAAUCAAAAUACACUCAAUACCAUUUUUCGAUAGGUGCAGUAAGGGAAGAUGUUCCUUUGUCUUGAGUUUUUCUUUUCUUUCUUGGAGCCACAGGGUCCCUCUUCAGCCAAAACGCUGUAUUAUAUCUGUAUGCAUGUUUUCUCCACUGACUGACCCAGGCACUCUCUAUUGUCUAACCUCCAGCCAAGUUUGCUCCGGCUCACAGCAGAGGAAUGACACCAUCAUGACCUCCUUUUCCAUUUUAGCAGGCAUCUCCUCUCUUGAUUCCCUGUUUGUUUCCCCCUCUUCUGUUGCUCCCUGUGAUUGCUCAUUGCUCGUCCUUCUGUUACUCAAGCGUUCUCUAUUUUGUUUAGGUGAACGUUUUGCUCCCCUUUGAUUUUUUUUUCUUUCACAGUUUACAUUUUUUUGCUCAGGAUGAUGAACACAGUGCAAUUUUUUUUUGUCUGUGUUGGUUAAGUAAGCUCUCUAGCUGGCAGCUGUUGUAUUGUACAGAACAAGGGCUGGUCAGUGGUCCCAGGUUUUGGUAAAAUGCUUUAUGAGAUGUGGGACAAUGUAACACACAGCACAGAUAACUAUAAAUUAAAAAAACAAAAACAUGUAACAGUAUUAAAAGUGACUGUGCUUUAGUUCUUCUUCGUCUCCUUAUUUUUUUUUUUUUUAGAUUUUCUUUAUUUCCAUUUUAUACUGAACUAAGUUUCACUUUGACUUUUUGUAGGGUUGGAAUUUGAUAUUGUGUUAUGAAAAGCUAAAGGAUCUGAGACUUUCAAGUCUGCAGUUUUGUAACAUCAUAAAUGUUAGCUCCCUAAGGCUUGUUCACACUUGUGAUCACUCCAGCCCCUCUGUUGUCAUGCUCACACGGUCCUUUGGCUUUUCAGACACUAAUAAUUAACCAGCUGCAUCUCUCCCUGCUCCCCUCCUUCCAACUGUGGCUGCAUGAUAGUUUGUUUGGCUGUAGUGUAACAUUUUAAAGUUACAGCAGUCCACUAUUAAAUUUUCAACUUCCUUUUGCUCCCAAACUUUGUUGCACACCUCAUGAUGUUGACAUUAUAGUGAGAUUUGUUUGAAGGGAGGGUCAGAGCACAUGCUCUGCUCUUGGGUGAGCUUGAUUGUAUUGGACAAAAUGAGUGAGAUACAUUAGGCGGCACAAUAUUGUCCAUUCUCAAUUAUGGUGUUUUUUUGAUUGGGGGAGCUGAAUCAAAUUGAAAUCAGAGGCCGUUUUUUUCCCCAGCUCUAUAUUCAGUGAAUAAUUGCUGAACGGAUGUAAAGCAUUUUAAACAGUAUGAGUUUUUUCAUUUUGUUGAGGCUGAGUAGAUCUUUGGCUUCAGGUGCUGUCCAAUACUGGAGGAUAGAAAGAAAGAGGGAGAGGAAUGCUCUGGCUGAACAUUGAUCUGGCCUAGUGCCACUCUCAGCUCAGUUGCAGGCUUCUUUGUGUCACCAUCUCCCCUUCUCUGUUUCAAACCCCCGAUCAUUUCCAUAGAUUCACCUGCGUGGUUUUCUUCUUUCUUUCUCUGGUUGUUGCAUUUUUUGGGUCAUUUUUUUCUCUUCUCUUUUCAGUCUUAGCGACCACCAGCUAUGCUUAUAUCGACUCGUUUAAUAACAUGCAGUUAUGAUGAAAAUAACUUUUGGUUUUAUAACACCUCUAUGAAAAAUGUAAGAAUUUUACGUUGUUUUAGAGAUGCUGUCCCUGCCAGAGGAGGAGGCGUUUCCAGACUUGGCAACAGUGAUGAGGAACCUUUCCACUGACAGUGGCAUGCCCACACUGCCACCAGGGGGUGGUCUCGCUAGCAAGUAAGGACCCCUACCUAUCAAAAACGUGAUCAGUACAUUCUGUCGUCGAAGCAAAUGGAAAGUUCAAGGAGUUGAUUAAACUUUGUCAGAAUAAUUUGUCCCGUCUGCUAUUUAAAACGUGUGAUUAGCCAAAGAAAUCAUUUCUGCCAGUUUUUUGGACCAUCAUCCUUUCCUGGAAUAAGAAUACAUUUUCCAGGUUUGCGGUCUUUACAGUUUAUGCAAAGUAUUUCUCCUGUCUAGACAGCUACACCUCUUCUUCUUGCAAACAUUCGAUUUGAUUUGAUUUACAGAUUGAAGUGAAAGGCUACAAAGACCUCACUGUAUGUGUUUUCCGUGUUCUCUUGCAGACGGAGUGUUAUCGAAGCAGUUUACAAUCGCCUAAACCCAUGCAAAGAGGAAGAUGGGGUGGGUAUCAGUAACUGCACUCUAGCUUAGUCUGUCUUUGGCCAUUUCAAAACUCCAAUAAAAAAAAUCUAAAAGUUUAAGACUUUGUGACAGACCUGAGAUAAAUGCUGUCUUGCACAGAAAGUUUCAGUCCUGUGGAAUAAUGCCAUCCACUUAACCAGGCCCCAGUUUGUAUCUUGUGUUUUCACAUUCAAAAACCACUGCAGAUGUAGAAUAACUGACUUCAGAGAAACCUUUGAGCCACCACACCCGCAGAUUACAGUUCAUAUCUGCUUUUUCAGUGCACAAUGCAUGAGACAUACCUUCCUGUCCAGAUUGAGCGACACAUGUGGCACAGUAUGGCCUUGCUAAAUCUUUUUGAGGAGCCAUAAUAAAUUUCUCUUUACUUCACAACAAGUGAGAGUUCUCUCUGUAUAAACUGUCUGAUAUCUGUAUCUAUAAGGGGGUUUUCUCUGGUUAAUGUAUUUGUCUCCUGCACACCUCCUCCCUGAACACAAGAAUAACUAUGACUGACAUUUUGUAAGGUGUAGAAGUAAGGGGGCAUUGAUUUAACAAACAUAUGACUCAUUGUGGCAUUGGCAUCCACCAUAUUGUUAAAAAGCAGUCCAAAGGUUUGUGACAGUAGACUUAAGAAGGAGACCAAAUAUUUGAGUGGACAGUGUUGGCUCAAAUUUCUUUUUUUCUUUCUUACUGCCAAAACUUGUGACAAGUUAAUCUCACAGCUCUGAUCACAGAGUCUUUCCAUCUUUAUGUUGCUGUGUGUUUCUAUGACAGCUGGCUGGCUUGCAUCUCCUAAGCUUUCGGUGUUAUUGGUGUAGCAAAUGCAAACAAUGUUGUAAAUGUGUCACUUAUUAACAAAGAGGGAAAUCCGCACUGAUGAGCCCAAGUAUUAUGACCUCUGGAUUGAAUAUAGUAGAAGAUUAGCAAGUCAUGUUGGAGACUUGUUUCAAGUUGAUGUUUGGAAAGGUGACAUUCCUAGGGAUUUGUCAUUGUGGUCCAAGGAAGGAAAAUUGGUGAACCCAUGACUUGGGUGGCCUGGGUGUCGAAGGCUCAUUGAUACAGGUGGGAAGUGAAGGUUGGGCCAUGUGGUCCAAUCCAUCAGAAGAGCUACUGGGAUCCAAAAAAAAAAACUUCAAUCCUAGCUCUGACACAGCUUGAUGUGUAUGAACCGGGAUAGCUGCAGAUCAGUUAAGGUGUCCACCUGACCUCCCUGUCCAUGCCAGAGACGCCUACAUUGAGCAAGUAAGCAUCAGAACUGGAUCAAGGAGCAAUGGGAGAAGGUUAACUAAAGGAACAUGAGUCAAUGUCCAGAUUUUAGUGUAAUUCAUGGAGGUUAUUGCAUUAAAAUUCCAAUUUUAAAGGAUCUGGUGCUGAUGUCUUGGUUCCAGAUACUACAGCACACCUUCAGAGAUCAAAUGGGGUCUAUAAUAACUUCUUACACACAACUGCCCUGGAACCAAGCUCCACUAUAACACACACACACACACACACACAGGCAUUCACAUAGAGUGCUGUUCUGCAUAGCAGGCUUCAACACCGUAUGUCACCACCAUCUUCCCCCCAUUAGUUCUCUGUAACUACCUUUGAUGGGGAAUAGAGGCAGAAUAGCUUUGCCCCACUAUUGCGUCAAACAACAAAUGAACCCAACAGCAGACAAGACCUCAGACACCAGCUGAUCCAAAUCCAACCAACAUGAUCAGUCCAAUCAGCAUCAAAACCCAAGUAACACAAGACCCCAACAAGAAUCAAGACCAAGAGAACCACAAAUGAAAAAUUACAUAUGUAAUUAAAUGUGGUUAGGGAAAAGGAGCAAUAAAUGAUAAAACCCAUAGAGAAAGUUGGAAACCAUUAGAAGAAAUGAAAUUACUUAGAAGAUAUAUAAGCAUUUAAAACAAUAGAAUAACUCAAUAAAUUCAAUGAAGGCCAUAAAAGCAUUUAAGGGAAAUAAUGUUACUGAAAUACAGCAUAAUGAAUCUGUUAGACCAGAUUACAUUUUCAUUACACUGCCAUAAAGGAUCAAAAUCUCUGUAAUAACAUCAUGGUGCAGUUGAAGUCAGAUUCUUUUUAAAAAUGCUCACAGGUCAUAUUUAUCAUUCGUGAUGCAUUUGAGUCUGGGGACCAGAGAGAAAAGUCGCUUUAGCCAAGACAGUCUUCAGCAAACUCUUAACUCAAGUUGAAGUUGUUGAAUUAAUGCCACCAAUGAUAAUUUAGUGUUUUUCGGGGGUCACAACACCUGUUUCGCCAGCUACAGAUUUGUGCCUUGCCAUCAUCUCUUUAUGUAAUUUUUAUGUAAAAUUAGGCUGCAUUUUAUGAGUGCAAGUUAGUCACACAAUAACAUUCUAAGUAUCAAAACAACAUCCUUCCUGAAUGAAGGUGUGAUCAGAAAAACGUGGCCCUUUGUAUCGUCUCAUGGUUCUUUUGCGAAGCUUCUCACUCACGUCCGUGCUCCUCUUUGAUACCGCAUAUAGAUUAGUUUUCAUGUUGAGACCAAAAUAUCACUUUGGUGAGUACACACUUUAAACACACAAGUUAAGAGGCGAUAUAUCAAAUUGUCUAACUGUGUGUCCACCCUCUGAUUAACGCAGCCCUCCUGUUUCAUUUGGUAAGUGAUGACAUAUAUAACUGUGACACCCCUCUUCCAUUCUUCUUCCAACUCCUCAUCCACACACACACAAACACUCAUUCUUACAGGCAUGUGAGUGGCACAUACCCUCUUGUCAGUCCUUCAUCGGUCUUUACUCCCUGCUCUGAUGUACUUUCUAGCAUGUGGAGCUCCAUUUAAAGUUUGAAGGCGUCUUUGUGCAGACUUGACUGUCCAGGUUUGAUGAGGAUGAAUGAUCAUUGUUUCUGGUCCUGUCUGUCCCUCUCCUCACGUCACACACACACACACACAAACACGCAUGCACCUGCCCCACACGCAUGCACCCUCUCUUCUGCAGUCUUUCCACAUGUGCACGCGUAAAGUAAACAGCGGUCUGCAUUUCUGUGUGCCUCUCUUUGAUAAGACUGGAGUCCUUGGGACUGUUCUGUUGGCGUAUUUGCAGAAAGAACCUUUUCACUGAGGUUCAAAGAGUGCCCUGGCCUACAUUGUCCAAUCUGCCUUUUCCCUUUAUGUUUGGUUGUGUUGAUCAGAGAAAAAGUGGUCCUUGGAAUUCCAGGUUUGAAAACAAAACCAUUUAAUGCGACUGUCAGUGUUGCUCUUAAAUUUGAUAACUGUGACCCUCUUUUUUUUAUCCUUUUUAACCUCUCUUUGUUUUCUCCUGUUUUCUUUCUCUAUACUUCUUUCCCCUUUCUCUGUUGUCCCAUUCUUCUCCUCUUUUUCUCCCCCUUCUCUUCUCUCUCCUCCUGCAGAGCGGAGUAGAGUUGGAGUGCCACUGGUAGCUUCCCAGCACAACUGCCUGAUCCAAAAGGAAAACAUAUAAAUAGGACCACUUUUCCACACAAGAUCACAUCCAUGGUCACCUUUUGAUUUCCUCUGGGGUCCUUUGAUUUUUCACCCACACUAAGAGAUCAAUCAAAGCUGAAAUUCAGGUUUCAAAAUAAGGAAAAAAAAAAACUCUCUCAAUGUGGAGGACUGCUAAACGGAGCUUUUGUAGACUUAAGCAGAGAAAAUGAAACUGCAUUGACGGUCUGAAAGCAGAGCUACUUAUUACAAUAUAGAGAUUAGAUAAGAGGCUAACAAGCACAGAUUUCUAUUGGUCCUUUUUUUUUUUUUUUUUUUUGGCAUUUUUGGGUGGAUUUUGUAGUGGAUUGAUGGAGACGCUGCUGUGAACGCUUUGGUGCCUGUCUCAGAACUGAGAGAGAAAGGAGGACAACUCAACACAACUCAGCGGCUGCCCAGCAAAUUAUUACUACUAGACCUGCUACUUAACGGAUGAAACACUGAACUGAAGUUGGCUUCAUUUUUUUUGGCAUUAUUUGUUCUGAUAAAUUAGCUGACUGGCAGCCAAUCGACCACACAAGCCUGAGACUACCACACACCUCAAGCUCCCCAGUUCAGGCAAGCUUGGAAUGUUGGCAUUACUGGUACUCCACAGGGUCCUUGAGCGAGCCUCCUAGAUCUCCUCAAGAGAACUGUCUGGCAUCAAAAAUCUUUUUUGGCUUCUUCGUACGGCGUCCAAACUGAAACAGGAAAAGGAUUACCACAGAGACAGUCGACUCUUCUUGCAUGUUCCUGUUCACUUUCUAUCCUUCUGUCUCUAAAAGGAAAUUAAUCAAAAGGUGUUUUUUUUUCUGUUCUCCCUUUUGUCUCUUGCUCUUUUUGCUUUCCUGCCUUUUUCUGCGACAGAAGACACUCGGCUAGUAUUUGUAACAUCAGGCAUUGCCAGAGUGGUAAGCUUUUCAGCCUGGCUGUGUGAGAGGUAGAAAGAUAGAAAUGAUAUUUUAAAUUCGUAUAUAUAUAGAUUGAUAUAUAUUUUGAUUUGUUCCAUCUUAAUUCCCAGCCCUAGUUCUCAUUGUGGCCUAAUGUGAGUGUGGUCUGUGUGUUUGCGUUUAGACAAUUUGAAUUAAAAGAAGUUGCGCACACAGUGUUUCCACACAGCAGCGUUCCAAAGACCGUUUGUGGAGCUCUCCUUCCUCCUUUCCUUCGACUUUAUGUCUUCUCCUUUCUCUUCUUUCAUCCCUCAGCACAACCCUGCUUCUGCUAAAACCUGCCUUUUCUAUCUCCUGAGUAUCAUAUUUAAAGAAAGAGAAAUGCCUUUUUGUUUAGAUUGAAACUAUUCCAUAAAAAAUAAUUUUAUAAUGUUUUGAUAUCUACGGCUUUUAGAGAAGCUUGGCUGCAGUCCUUUCAUAGAUGGAUAAGGAAAUUAGAAGGGGAGCACAAAAUAAACCUUGAACAGCAGACUGGGAGGGAGAAGUAGGUUAUUCACUGUAUAAAUUGUGGGGGGUCUCUACAGGACAGAGGAGUCCCAGAGCUGUGCCUGUUCUUCAUUUUGUUUUACAGCUACCUUUUAUAGACUUAUCCCCAAAGGCACAGAAUGAUGGCUAAGAAAAUCUGAGGUUUAGACUCUUGGGUUUAACUUGGAGUCUGUUUCAUUUGGUCAAAGCAAGCACUAAUACCUGAAACUACAGAUGGAAAUAAUUGUUAAAACAGCCCCCUCUCUUGGAGUGAAUACACAUACUUUGCAUGUGUACUCUCUUCUGUAGAUGCACUACAAGUAGCGUAUACAAAACUGUAAUAUACACUUUUUUUCAAUCAUUCACUGGUUUAGUCAUUGUGUUCUUCUGAAGUGGCAGUAUUUCAAAGAGAAACAGCCUAACAAGAGUUUGCUGGCAGGUUUCUGUCCUCGUGGUACACUUGCUCUUUGUGCCAUAUGACAAAUAGGUACUUGAAUGUGUAGUUGUUUUGCAGUUGAGUUGUUUUAAUGGGCUGAUUGAUUUUUUUUUUUUCUUGUUUUGUUUUGUGGUGGAGGGAUUGGGAGGGGGUUAGGAUUUCUAUUAACUGUGCAUGUUUUGUGAUUGAGGGAGGAGUGCAUUUUAUGUGUGAGUGGGAGAUGUACUUACUAGGGGGUUGGGGGUAACGUGGGCACGUUCAGUGUGGUGAAACACAACGGGGGAGACAACAUGCUUUUUCUUGUAAUACCUCAGCCGAUCAACCACAAAAUACUCAACUUUUGUUUUUUAACAUUUUUGGUCUUAAAAUCAGAUUCUACUGUUGACUCCUGCAUGUCUAAACUUGUUUGCACUGUGUUGGGUUUCAUUGCACUGAACACAGCCCUCAAGUUAAGGUUUAUGUUUAAGCUAUUUCAAACACUGGGCUCCGAGAGGAACAACAGGAGGGAGAAACAUUUAUUUGUUUUUUGAAUGUAUAUUUUCAUUAUUCACACUGAUUCCACUGCAUGGACUGAAAACAAGCUACGUUUGGAGCUUUUCUCAUCAUGUCUUCAUUUAAAAAAAACAACCUCAUGUUGCUUCAGUUACUAGAUAUGAUAAGUUCAGAUGAUUCACAUUGUGUAUGACCUUGACCACAGAAUCCUGGUGAGACUUUAGUAACAGAUGAAAACAUUACAUUCCUGAACCUUUGUUAUCUUUGCCGCCUCCCUCUGUCCUCCCUGCUUACUCUUUCCACACAAACUGUAAGACACGUGUGUGACGGCGGUGAUUUUUUAAUUUAAUUUAUUCCUGCUCUUUUUAGUUCUUCUAGAAAUGCUGUUUUAUUUUGUUCUGUUUUGGAGACAGAAUGCAGUAAUGAUAAGCUGGUGUUCAUUUCAGAGUACUUUAUAACCCACUUACCGUCACCUUUCCACUUCUAGGAGACCAAAAGGCAGGUGAGGUUUCAGAAACACAAAAUUUUCACCAUCUCUUCUUCCUGUACUAAUUUUCCCGUAUGCUAUUGUGAUGUUACAGACCAUACAGUGAACAUAAACGUCAAUAAAAGAGGGUUUUAAGUUUAAUUGGUUCAGUCUGCUUUCAUUUUUUC